AUGCGUGACGCUCUCUUCAUUUUCUGUAUAUUCUGCAUAUGCGGCAACUCCGUAGCUACAGUAUUCUCUAACUCGUUGAAAACCUGCCAGAUUCAUUGCUCUGAACGGAAUUUGGCUUUUCCUUUGGCGCAUGGAAAAUUUACAUGGAAUCAAGAUGAGCUGGCCACCUGCGACUACAGUUGUAGAGUUAAUUCGUGUCAUCACGGUUGUAGAGAUCUAGAUGAGCCGCUAUCGAAAUGUGAAUCGCGCUGCACUGAGGAAGGAAUUGCUUUCGAUAGUUGUACACAAGGCUGUCAUGCCGUCGAACACGCAUUUCUUGUACAAGUUCAAGAACUUCUCCACCAGGUGUCCGUUACCAUAGAUGCUCUCGAGCAGAGUUUACGAUUACGAUGGCAGUUUCCUGAAACAGUGCUAUCACAGGUCCAGGAAGUUGCCGCUGCUGACGUCAGUUGGUAUGCUCAGAGUAGGCCAUCGCUAGCUAAAAACGGUUGGAGAUGGACUCCUCUUCACGUUACCGCAUUCCGGAAUUCCACUCUCUCUUCAGAGGUCCAUGUGCCGUUGGAUCCUACGUCUCAAGUGCAGGUUUUUUUUGCAAAUUUCCCUGUUCUCAUUACUUUGAACGUUGAUUGUCGUCUUUUCAUGUGCGCUUGGCUUUCGUAUACCGCAGUCGGAAUCGAGCUAACCUCGCAACUUCAGCUCUCGAACGACAAAGUCGCCAUUUGCUGGAAAGGUGAACCAUCCAUGGUACAGUUCAAAAUCUCCUUGGCUACAUUGGAUGGCAACUCCUUGUUUACGGAGACAACCGAUAGAAGAUGUUACCUAUUGGAAUCCCUUGCGAAGGAAAACUGCUGCCGUGCCACAAUCAUGGACGUCACUACGGAGGAGCAGGGCCAUUCAACAAGUGUCAAGUUAGAAAUGGUACAAGCAGCAGCUCCAUUGGAGGAUGGAGGUCCAACAAUGGCCCAGCUGGUUCUUUCAACAGGAACACACCUUCUACAGAUGAAGAACGCUGAUGACUACAUUGUUUCCGAGGAGCCUCUUACGAUUCCCUUCGAGGUACCGGAAGGAGAUUCAAUCACAAGUUUGGUGGGAAUUUCUUCAAAUUCUCUCGUAGUUGGGAGUAGUCGCGGUUCCGUGUGGCUCUUGUCGCUGGAGCAUAAUGACACAGUCAUAUCGACAACUCCCACUGCUAUCCGACAAUCAGACGAGGAAGGCCAUUCGGCUACGCAGAUUGAAUACGACUUCAUGCAAAAUGCCGUUUAUGUGGUGCUAUCCGAUAAAGGAAUAGCACGCUGCACCUUGGAAAAUCCGUCCUGCUUCUUUCUUCCCAACACAGAUUCACUGAAUCCUACUAGAAGUGUUGCAGUGGACAGCAUUAACGGUUUUCUUUACUUCCUUGGUGCCGACCAUCAAGUCUACCGAUCUGAGUUACUUCCGUUUGAAACGGUCGAGAACUAUCAGCUCUCUACAAUUGUGCCUAUUUUAGAUAUACCUCCAUCUUCCGCAAUUGAAAUUGACAAGGAGAAAUUUCAACUGCUUGCCGCGCUUCAAAAUGGAACUAUUCUUGCUAAGAAUUUGAUCUCUGGUCGUAUAUCAACGAAACGGAGCGGUGAAUAUCUUGCCGUAAAACGAUUAUUGAUCGAAAGAGAUCGGAUGUUCUGGUGCCGUGAAAAAUGUGGAGAUACACCUCUCGAUGAGAUGUGUUUUUAUUCUGAAGAUCCUCAGAAGGACGGCAGUGAAACGCACUUCAGCAGGUAUCUGUAUUCGGGUAAAAUAGUCGACUUCGCAGUAUUGAGCGAUCCAAUAUUACCGCCUACAUUGACACCGCCUGAAAAAAUCGGACUGAUUAUGAGCGAUAUGAAGGCAAAAGUUAGCUGGAUUCCUCCAGUAAACCUCCCUUUCCAAGUAUCCGGUAACUCAUGGAGGAACAUUUCCUAUGAAGUUCGGCUCGUAACACCAGACACGCCUGACUCACCGGUCGCCAUCAAAAUGAGCAAUGAAACUUCGCUGGCACUGACUGUCUCUCCUGGCGUAGAAUAUACGGCAUCUGUACGAGUUUGUUGGAACUCUGUAUGUUCUGCAUUUCUGAAUGUUAUCAACACUGCAUUCAUCCCGUUCAAAUAUCCGCCAAUCGCUUUUUUGAAGCGGUCGAAUGAGGUUACAACUGUCCUGGAUCUUCUCGGAGAAGAGACGCAAGCUGCACAGAUAGUGGAUGCAUUCCAACCAUGUUGUGAUGGAAUUAUGGCGUUUGAUAACAGCACUCAAAUUCUCUACUCAAUUGACUCUAACGAGGGGAACGUUAUGUUCCAUCGUGCCUCCGAACCUAAUGAGGUGUACUUGUUUGCAAGCUUCUUGACGAUUAAGUUCCUUACCGUUCUCCCCAGUCGAGCCAUGCUUGUUCUGGCUUCUUCGUAUCAAAUCAUCAGCUACAGAUUGACUGCUACUGUAGAACAUGUAAUUUACUCCUGUUCAACGGUGCUGGAAGACUGCGCAGAGAUUAUCGGAUUAUCUUCUGAUGAUGACACCGGCGAAAUUCAUUUCCUUGCACAGUUCCCUAACGGAACGACUGCACUUUAUGAGUUAAACCAAGAAGAUAGAACUCCACAUCUUCUCUCAACAUCCACUGACUUACCGAAUAUUCGUCAGCUUUUAAUUUCACAUGGGAAGGUUUUCUUCGUGACACAAAAAGGACGAGUGGGACAGUGCGACAAGAAGUUGGGAUCGUUGAAUGUGAACUACGCGCUUGCCGACGUCAACGCAGUUAUAGCUUUGCAUCCAAUGACUUCACCUAAUCGAGUGGAAGUUCAACCGGACAGCAUUGCAAUGGGAGACUCGAAAAAAGAUGAGAUCUCAUGGGUCGCGGAGCCACGGCAGGAUCCAGGAUCCGUUCUGUACAAGAUAUCUCUUUACAAAGACAAACUUUUCGUUGGUGAUGCAUAUACAGCCAUAACAACAUUAACAAAGUUGACAUUACCGCAGGAUCUCCUGCAGUCGUGGUCCUCUGCUCAGAAAUUUGACAUGAAUAUCGCUGGAAUAAAUGCGUGGAUGUCUUUCAACACAAGCAAAACCGGUCUGCAAGCUCCUCUGAAGCCCCCUACUGCCCCUACGAAUGUGCGGUUAUACGCAACGCAACAAAAAACAGUGGACGGCGCACGAGCAAUAAUAUCACUGUUCUGGUCACCGCCAAUGGAGUGGAAUGCCACACCAUUUCAGUAUAUUAUUAAUUGCACUAAGGAUGACGCCACAACUCAAGGAGGACCAGUGGCGAGCACAGUGACUCACUACUCUUUUGAAGUAAAAAGUGGGAAGGUUGAAUGCUCGGUGGCAGCUGCAAACGAACCGAAUAAUAUUGGAGAGUACACACCCAAGAUAUCGAUUGACAGCAGUGAGCUGAAACCUCUUGUCCGCCUUUUUGCAAUCGACUCUACAAACGCUCUUAUUGCAAUCACUAACGUCACACAGGACGAACCAUCUAAACGGGAGAAACGUCAAAUUUCACAAGUGAACAGAAUGGAGUAUCAGGCUAUAGCCUUCAUUGGUAAUGAUCUUUUCGCUGUAAGGAAGGAACACGAUUCCUUGCAACCUGUGUUGGUUCAGAUUGAUACGAAUGAUAUCGACAACAUAGUGCACAAGGUUUCCAUCGGAGGCGAUGUUUCAAGAGUGGAUACGAUGACUUCGGAUUGGGUUGGACAUCGAUUACUGUUAGUGUCCGGACAAGCACUCUACCAACUUACUCUGGAUGCCUUCCUCUCCACAUCUCUUCUUACGCCUAGGAAGCUGAUUGAGCUUACCACAGGGGCCACAGAUGCGAAGCAGCUCACCUUUGAUCCGUUCAAAAACACCGCUUAUCUCCUGACAAGAAAUGGUUCACUGUUCUCCUUGAAUCUUGCACGCAGCAACGAAAAGAACUUAGCGUUGGCUGUUCCAUGUCUUACUAGUCAGACUGUAACAUGGAUGAUGACAGAAUUUGCGUGGAACCGCGCUUCUUCACCAAAAAUCUACGCGUUGACAUGGAAUGGACUGAUAGUGAUCGAUGUCGAGGAGAACAACAAGUGCAACGAGGUUCGAAUUGAUUGGAACAAGUUUGGAGAAAAAGGACUGAAAGCCAUGUCAGCGUUUGCAAUAGCUGAUAAACUAUUCGUCUUCGUUACUUCGUCGGAAAUGCUAAUUUAUGGAAGAGAGACUGUAAUACCCAUUCCGAUAGCAUAUCCUCCACUUCGCCAAAUUCUUGCUGUCAGUCAAAGCAGCCAACCUUUCCCCGAGCGAUCCUGCUUCACUUUACCGUCCUCAGCAGGGAUACAGUUCACUGUUGUGAAUGAAGGUAAAACUGGAGCAUUUCUAGAAGUUGCAAAGCCGCCUCCUCAAAAUUCCUGCCACGGUGUGUCACUACCGCAGACACACUACGAGGUCUACUUCACUCGUAAAAACUCCGACAAAGUUAAGCACAUUCGCAGCUAUACUGAGAAAAUCCAUGUGGAAAAUGGGAUUCUUGACAAGGAGACAGAUUACGAAGUUACUGUUGCGUGGUUGAACCGUUACUCUGACGCCAGCGGCAUCUCCGACUCGAAACCUUUUCGCACGGGGUUCGGGUAUCCAUCGGCACCCCGAUCUCUGCAAGCUGCUGCUGUCACUCCAGAUACGGUCUAUCUCUACUGGAAUUUGCCUGAAACAUUGAAUGCUCCGAUCGCUGAAAUCAAAUACAAGAUUUCGCAACAAGCGUCCGGACUUUCUUCGCCUUCCACUAUUGCUGUGCAAGAAUACAUGGAUGGGAAUUUUUCACCGACCACGUCCGACUCAGCGUCAUGUCUCGUCAGCCCGUGCAGAGUGAAAAUUGCAAAUCUUCGACCAGCAACAGAAUAUAAAUUUUGGGCGACAUCAAUUCACAAAUCUCAUUUCAACUCUCAAUUUCUCGAGGAUUCUGAAGCGAUUUCACAGGAGGCGUCUGCGCGAACCAAGGAUAUUCCAGGAACACUUCGUCCUGAUAAUGUGACGGGAUCAUCGUUGUUGCUCAGGUGGAACAGUUUGCAGGCUGAGCAACCCCCUACAAUCAUCUCAGUGCAGUACAAAGAGACCGGCUCAUCAGGAGACUGGAAAGCACCUUCGAAUGCAUCGUUUGAUCCUAUGGUUUCCACAAUUUUAGUGCUUAUUAAUGGAUUGCUCUCCGCAACUUCCUAUGACUACCGCUUCGUUGCUGCCUAUUCGGGAACGUUCUCAAUCGAAAACAGAGUUGUGACGUUUAAAGAAUACUACUAUCAAGGAGUUCAGCAGGCUAAAACUAAAGCCGGCGUGCCAACUGCACCGCUAGCAGUGGAAGCUCGAAUGGAUGAGGAAGGUUGGAUUGUGUCGUGGAAAGAACCGGCCAGUGAUGGAGGUUCACCCAUAACCAGUUACGCUGUUGAGAUGAGACAUAACCGUUCUUCUGAAUGGGAAAUUGCUGAGAGAGGAUUGGACGGUUGGAAAUUAUGGUGGAGGCCAGCCAAGAGUGACCGCCGUACUUGGGAGUUCCGUGUGCGUGCAGCGAAUACUGAAGGAUUUGGUGCCUACGGCUACUCCAGUGACAAAAUCGUGCCAGCAACCGCUAGCGAGUCAACGCAAUCCUGGCUUUAUGUGGUGCUGACUGUCUCGCUAAUAGCCAUCCUGAUAUUGCUAACGUUGAUUUUCCUAAUGAUUCGUGCCCGAACACGUGCAGCGCACUUGAAGAAAGAGCGUACACAUGACAAAAACUGUAUUACGCUCGAGAAAAUUGCUGGAAUCAAUCAUGCUCCUUGUCAACCGAUGCCAUUGGAAAUAUUGAACGAGAUAAAAAAUCUUCCUCAUGUCCGCUCUGAUUUCAUUCGUUUGGAAAAGAAACUUGGCACAGGAAGCUUUGGAGAAGUGUGGGAAGGUGUUGCUACUCGUUUGCCAAUGAGAGAUGGAGAGACUAGAGUGGCGAUUAAGACACUUCGACAUGGAUAUGAGGAAGCAGAGAAGAUGAAGUUCAUGAAAGAGGCUAUCCUGAUGAACAAUUUUGACCAUCCCAACAUUGUUAAACUUCUCGGUGUAUGUUUGGAAGGACCCAAAGAGUAUCUUAUUCUCGAAUUAAUGGAAGGAGGAGACUUACUGAAUUUUCUAAAAGCAAGCUCGCCAACUGAUUCUUUUCCUUCGCAACUCUCUCUUCGAGACGUACUAUCGAUGCUAAUAGAUAUUGGACGGGGUGGUGCAUACCUCGAAUCAAACCAACACGUUCACAGAGAUCUGGCCGCUAGGAAUUGUUUGAUCAGCUCCGGCACACCACAUCGAAAUCGAGUCACGAAGAUAGGUGCGCUGCAUUUCCCAAACGACCAAAACGAGACCGAUGUAGAUGAAGCUGAUUUUGGUUUGGCCCGUGGUGUCUACAACACGGAGUACUAUAAAGUUUACGGAGAAGACUUUCUUCCUUUGAGGUGGCUUGCACCGGAAUGUAUAACAGACGGCAUAUUCUCGUCCAAAAGCGAUGUCUGGGCUUUCGGUAUACUGAUGUAUGAAAUAGUUGGGCUUGGACAGAUGCCGUAUCCCAGUAUGGAUAACAGUCAGGUUCUCACGCACGUUAAGAAUGGAGGAACACCUGCUAAACCUGUUUACUGCCCUGAUCCGCUCUAUAAGAUCAUGCAGAAUUGCUGGGCAUACGAGAGAGACCAACGUCCAACGUUCGCUGAUAUUUUAAGCAUGUUUGAAAGGCUUCGCGGCAAAAUUGAGUUCCAGGACGACAAACCGUACCCUCCAUGCACUGGGCACUACAAUGCAGCAUUUGAUCUAUCACAGGAUAGCACAUCCAGUGAGAAAAUGGAGUCGGAAAAAGGGAUUCCAAACCAAGCAUUCUAUGACGGAGAAAAGAUAUUGGAGCAGAAUCGUUUUGAUAAAUCAAAUAGUGGAAGCAUUUCUGCCAGAAAGGGGGGACCGUCACUUAUUCGUUCUCUGAGAAAAGAAAGUAAGACGAAACCCGUACCUCCUCCAUCGCCGGCAGAAAUAGACAUGAGACUGGAUGCAGGGAAUCGGGUGGGCAGCUCGGUUUCCAACGAAACGCUAACGACUUCAUGUGAUUAUGGAUCUUCAUAUCACUCGCCAUCUUUCGCAUCUUCAUCUCGAUUUCCAUUUCUUUUGCCUACCAAUACGUCGCCCUACGAAGUUCCGAAGAAGAAGACUUCUUAUGCAUUUGAAAGUGAACAUGCGGAAGAGAUGCCACACAGUCGCAGUUGGGCGGGACCAACGCACUGUCGAAACCGUGUAAACCAACCUUCUUCUUCGACGUAUGCGUUCACAAUACAUCCAAGUCAAAGCGACGCUGAUUCCUCCCAAUCUUCGACACAAAAAAGUCGCGCAGCUCUUCUGACACCUUCCUCGUCGUACGACAACCCACGAAGGAGCAGACUAGCCCACUCCGUUGCUGCGCAGCAAAGGAAGCGAUCAAUCGUCAACCGAUCUCUCGAUCAGCUGACAAUCAGCCACGGGCGACCAAAACUGAGUUGGCUUACCGAUCUAACGACUGCCAUUGUUGCCCAUGCUCUGGUGUUGCUCAUCCUCUCGAGUCGCCCGCUUGUGGGCUACCAGCCGAAGAAAACAGCAGAGCAGGACACCGCAGCCGUCCACGAAGCGGCCGUACAAGAAGUAACCACAACAACGCCACCAACUCUUCAACAACUUCGUACCCAACCACUCACCAACAACGCCAACAACGCUCUCGCCGCCAAGCAGCCACCACCCUACGCCAUCAGCCAGCCAACGCCAGCAUUAACAAUCGCACAGUAA